ACGUCCUGUACGCCUUUGUCGUUUCGUUCUACGACUACCUGGCGUCGCUGAAGCUGACCCCCGAGGUCGCACAGCAGCUCCAAGCCUUUGUAAACUUCCAAGCCUGAAUGGCAAUAAAUCCCAAUUGCCCUUGUGACCAAUCGAGUGCAACAAGCCAGCUGAAGCGGGAGAGUUGACCAAAGGGGCUAUUUAGAGCGGUCAAAAUGCCACCGUGCAUUCUUGCUUUUCUCCUCCCUGAGCCUUCUUUUCUUCUUUUCUCCACUCAUUCCACGCUUCCUAUUGCAACACUAGUCACACGUUUGGCAGCAAAGCAUAUCCUGCCCCAGCACUACUCCUCUAUUGCUUGGCACAAACCUCCCAGAGCGGGCUCCUCCCCCAGCACCAGCCAGGGGUUCUCAUUCACUCAGUUCCUUUUCACACAACACACGGCUUCUUCUCGGAGAAAAAGGCGGAAUUUGCUAAUGUCCCGAAUGCUGCUUAUCGACACAUCAUACGCGGCCCUAUCGGUAGCUGCGCUCGUCGGGCUGUUCUUCAGCACGGCGCCGCGGCGGUCCCUGGACGAGUUUUCGCGAAAAACUGCCACAUGGAUAUCUCGCAGGCACGCAAUGGUGAUAUAGCGUACCGCGACCAGUUCACAGUCAAGUACUAUUCGCCGGAUCUCUGGUGCAAUGUCAGCUGGCUGCUGGUAGCAUUGCUCUCGAACAAAUGGCGGAUGCUGGGCCUGGUAAACGCUUUGGUGGCAACGGCGUCGCUAGCACGCAAGCUUCUGGUGCAGUUUAUAUUCGGGAGGC